CACACUUCGAGGUGCAGAGUGUGUGGAGCCCACAAAAUGGUGUAUGUUUGUAUAAUUGUGUGUAAGUAUAGUUUUUUGUAUUUCCAUGGGGGAGAGUGGAAUUCCUCCAUAAAACUAGAAUUCCUAGUAAAAAAACAUAUGAUUGCAGUAUCAUUAUUUGCGGUAUCAUCCAAUGUGUCAUACCACACGUAUUUGCUCGCAUCAACGUUUUACCAUUGACGAGGGUCUCAUGUUCACGCGUGGGUUGAUAACCGUAACAUAGUAAAAUUAGACGAAAUCUGCACUAGAAAAUGUCAACAUGAUGGCAAAACAAUGUUCACAUUCCGAGUUUGCUUCACUCAUAAAAUUCCAAGAUUUCUAACCAUUUAUCGUAGUCAUAAGCACCCCCUGCCUUCCAUCUCUAUCUACUUGUGUGAGUCUGUACGUGCAGGGAUCCAGCAAUCUGUUUCACUGAGCAAAUCCAUUGUUUUCCGGUUUCAGCUGAGACAAAAGAUGGUAGAACAGUAUCUUCUCGAUGGUUUUUUAAUUUCAAUUCCGACCCUGUUGAAGAGCCUGGGGGAAAAAAAAAAGAGCAUUUCUCUUGAAACAUGCCACUGGAUAGAGAAAAAAAUGUUAGCAGAAGUAAAGCCGGUGUAAUUCAACCUAGUACGAAAGAACUGUUGAUUUGCAAGAUUAUAAGUUUCGCACUUUGUUGAAAAGUCCAGCAGCAUGAAACUAUAGUGCGCAGGCUAACAGCACAUGAAGAGACGAUGAGAAAGAGUGAGACUUGGGGUAGACAGCGAGCGAUUACUAUUGCUUUUGGAGCACCGUCACAUAACUAGGUUUCUGGCCCUUGCUACAACACACAUGGUGCCAUUGAGGUAUGAUCGAGGUUUGAGACAUACACUUUUUGGUGGAAUCCACUCAAAUGCAUAUUUAAAAAAAAGUCCCGGAACACUACGAGACGGUGCAAAACAACACAUAGUAAUAGUUUUCUGAUGUUGCUAGGGCUCACAAGAUAGCUAGAAAAGUCCCAUCAGUCUCAUUCCCAUCUCAGACCACUCCAAAGAUCUUGUUGUCAGACCAGAAGGCAAAAAAAAAAAAAAAAAUACUAUAAUUGUUACUGGUUUGAGAAGAGAUAGAGUGAUGAAAGUUUUGAUCCAUUCACUUCCACACUACAACCUAGAACCAUGUCCUAGAGAUAAAGCCUUAUCUUCAUUAUCCAUCUCUCUCAUCAGUUGCAUGCCCAUCACCCAUCCUCCAAUCACCCAUCACUUCCACUUUCAAUAUUGUCCACCAUUUUCUUGUAUCCAUUCAUCUCCCAUCUCCACCUUGAUUAAUGAUUAAGAGUUUUUGGGUUGCAGAUUUUUUGAAUUCCAAAAGUCUACGCACGACUUUGAAACACAAUUCCAGAUACAAUUGUAUCUGACUGUGGACUCAUGUGCAUCGAACGAUCGAGACACAGUUGUGUCCUGAUCAAGUUUUGUUUAAAAUGGUGUACAUAGAAUUUCUCUUUAGAAUUUUAGUGCCACAAAUAGAACAACUAGAUUAAGGAAACACACCCAAGGGUUGCUCCAGUGGUAAGGACGAAUGACUGACUUUGAAAGUACUCCCCUUGAUCAGGGGUUCGUUUCCCCACCAGGUGAGUAUCCUGAUAGUAAUUAGUGGGGGGUCGUGACUGGUGUGGCUACGCUAAUUUG